AUGGGCAACUAUGGACUGAAAGCAAAGGCAGGCAGGGAGAUCGUGGUCGUGAUGCUUGUUUUGGGGGCGAUAUCCCUGAGUUCCACGAUUCUUCGGAUCGUGUCCCGGAGAAUGAGAAGCAUCAGAUUAGGCUUGGAUGAUUAUUGCAUGAUGGGUGCGACGGUAUUCUCGUCAAACCGCCCUUCUGGCAUUGUGGAAGACUAA